AUGUUAUCGAUUCGUGCACUUCUUAUCACUACCGCUAUAGUCGUCGGGUCGGCUUGUACCAACGUAGCUGCUGCUACCACCAAGUUGCCCGUAUUCUUCUUCCACGGUGCCACGGGAAACGCGACCAACGGCGGCCUAAUUGGAGCCAGCUUGACUGCCGAAGGACGCACGUACACCGCACUCAACUUUUGUUCGAAUGCGUGCUCCGUCCGCACGGCCCUCUCUACGCAGGCGCAAAUGGCCAUCAAGCAAGUGCGCGACAUCAUCACCAAGGACACUGCCACGUACGCCAACGGCUACCACUUUUUGUCUCACUCACAAGGCGCUUCCGUUGCUCGUGGUGUGAUCGAGGAAAUGGACGAUCACAAUGUGCACUCGUUCAUCAGUUUGGCUGGUGAUGGUAACGGCAACUUCUUUGGUCCUCAGACGUCCGAUGACGUGCCUCUUCAGGUUUUGCUAAAAGCUUUGGGGCCUUUUGCUAUCGAUAAGACCGACUUUGACUUCGCCAAGUACGAGGCCAACCCCGCCACGUGGAAAGGCAAGUUCCAGCGUGACCUGAUUGAGCUAGUGACCACGAAUAAGGAACUGCAGAGCAAGAGCUCUAUCACCAACAUCAUAAAUCCUCCUCUUGACAAUACUGCGCUUACUAACUGGCUGAACAUUAAUCCGUUCCUUCCGAAGGUAAACAACCUCCAGGACUGCGGCAUUGACGCCACCUGCACGGCUGACCAGAAGCGUCGUAAGGCCAACUUUGUCAAGCUCAAAGCCGCUCACUUCUUCGCCUCGCCUCAGGACGAUAUCCAGUCCCCGUGGCAGAGCUGUUUACUGGGCAAGUACUCGACCGUUUCCACGGUGGAUCAAGUUGAGACCGAGUUCCCCAACUUUAAAAUUAUCGCCAUGAGGGGCACUGUGGAGUACACGAAAGAUCUAUACGGUUUAAAGACACUGGACCAUGCCGGUGGCCUCCAUAUCCACGAGGUAGCUAACGUUCCGCACAACUGCUGGCUGUUCGACUACACCUCACUGGCCACGGGCAUUGCAUGCAAACACGCCCCAGUGUACGACACUGAAGUCUACCCUCUCCUUGGCAGAACGCCAGGGCAAACCAAAUAUAAUCCAAAUUAA